GAGCGCUAAUGAAUUCAGAGUAGCUUUGUUGGCGCCAAUACGACCGCUUACAGAAAAAAAAAAAAACAGCUUUUCAGAGAUAUUUCGGUCCGAUUUUGGCGACCAGCUGCCGCUUUCAAUUUUACCUCCAACGGUCGGCAUCGUAUGUGGCUAGCUUUGUUAGCACAUUAUCUAUCAUUGUCACAUUUAACCUGCCCCCUUUUCUUCUUUCCUCCGGAUCGGAGUUACGGUACUAAUAAUACUCUGAGCAGCACCGGGACAAUAGAAGAGUGUUUCGCAGGCGGAGAACAAUAAGACACAUCUGUUUAAAAAAUGGGGAGGAAAUCCAACAAAGCAAAGGAGAAGAAAGCCCGGCGUCUGGAGGAGAGGGCAGCCAUGGACGCAGUGUGUGCUAAGGUGGAAGCAGCCAAUAAGCUCGACGACCCUCUGGCUGCCUUUCCAGCCUUCAAAAAGUACGACAGAAAUGGGUUGAACCUGCAGAUAGAGUGUAAGAGAGUGACCUCCCUCAACCCGCUGGCCGUGGAGUGGGCCUUCGAACUCACUAGAGCCAACAUGCAGACGCUAUAUGAGCAGAGCGAGUGGGGCUGGAAGGAGAGGGAAAAGAGAGAAGAGAUGAACGACGAGAGGGCAUGGUACCUGCUGGCCCGCGACGCAGACUCCACCCCUCUGGCCUUCUCUCACUUCCGAUUCGACGUAGAGUGUGGGGAGGAGGUUUUAUACUGCUAUGAGGUGCAGUUGGAGAGCAGAGUGCGAAGGAAAGGGCUCGGCAAGUUUCUCAUCCAGAUCCUGCAGCUCAUCGCCAACAGUACACAGAUGAAGAAAGUGAUGUUGACAGUCUUCAAACACAACCACGGGGCUUACCAGUUCUUCAGAGAAGCUCUACAGUUCGAGAUUGACGAGACCUCGCCGAGCAUGUCGGGCUGUUGCGGCGACGACUGCUCCUAUGAGAUCCUCAGCAGGCGGACCAAACACGGCGAGGCCUCGGCGGGCCACACCCACGGCGGCGGGCACUGCGGCGGCUGCUGCCACUAAAAGGUCGCUGCUAUCAGGAAGCACUCGCUAACGGCUGCAAUCCGACAACUUUCGAAAGCUGUAUGUGGAUGACGGAGCGUUUUCUUUUUUUAUUUUAAAUAAGCCGUAGGGGGAACUCCUGGGUAGAGGUGCAGAAAACUGUUUUUCAGGAUUCUGUUUGUGUGUCUUUUUGUUUCUGUUUAUUUCAAGCUUUUUCUCUUCUACUUAUCGACCUGCCCCCCAUUCCUCCUCCAUCCACUCAUACUUGUCAGUUAUUCUCAGACAUUAAGCAAAACCAGUGUUGCUCCAACUCCUUCGGUACCACAUGGCAAUGAAUCAUUUUGAUUCCUAAACUGAACAAAUUCUGGUGCUCGUUCCACCUCUGACGAGUUUGUCUCCUCUAGUCUGUUGGAAAGCUUUAUAUCGGGUGCUGAGUUCAGACCUAACAUUCAAAUAAGUUUAGAAUUUUUCAGUUUCUUGUAAACUUUGCCGCCUCAUCAUUCCCCUUUUUAUUUACAUGGAAGCUGCUUGAAUCCAAAUUUUUCGCUUUUAAUGCAAUUUUUAACCUCUGAAAAGUAGACCACUCCUUCCUUUCCUCUCUAAUACUUUAUGUUGAAAACAAAGCUUAUUUACUGAAACCCACACUUCAGUUGCCAUCUCUACUUUUCCCUCUCCUCUUAGUCUCAAAGUUCUGGAUGAUCCUAGCAGACCUGCUCUUAUUUUUAGUCAUCAGAGAACAAGCUUCACUUAAAAGAGCUCUGGGUAUCAGAGUUAAUGCUGCAUUCAGAGCUCAGGUCACAACUUUACAUACAGUUGGCCAUUAAAGGCAUUCAUUUUGGCCUUCUAAUCAAUAGUUUGGACUUUUUUUUUUUUGCAGGUUUAAAUAAUUAUCAAACUGCAAUGAUAAAAAAAAAAAAAAAAAAAAACAGUGCAAAGUUUAAAUUCUGUUUCACACAGCGGAAACUAAAUGCAUAAACGGGCUGAAUGAGAAAUGGAUGAGUUUGUUUAAAUUGGUUGUUUUUUUUUCUGUUUUUGAUUCACAAAUAUUCCACAGGAUUGGAACGGGGGCGGCUCAAGCUCCAAAAGCUUGACCCUGCUUUGCUUUAACCUUCCAGACCAAGCUUGGAUGCGUGUAUACAUUUUUUCCCCCCACCCUCUUCUAACACAUCCUUUUCUGUAGGUUUGUAUUUUCCUCUAACUAUAGAACUAAUUAAAAAUACAUUUUUUUUUCCUUUUACUUCCUUAUUCCAUCUAUUCAAUGCUGUGCAUUGUAUCCCACAGCAUGAUGCUGCCACCACCGUACAUGACAGACUCCCCUUUGUCAUCAAGAUAAAGCCCCCAGUUAUUGUGACAAUAAUAACCUUUUAACUACAUGAAUUUGGUUUGCUGAUGCGGGCAAAUUUUAGCCAUGUGAUAAGUCCAUUCUGGAGUUGGCCAUUCCUUAAUAGGAAAUAUGAAUUAAUGUAUAAAAGGCGUUUAUUAAUAAACUUCACCCUAAACAGGUUUGGCUUUUAUGUUGAUUAUGCUUCCAGAAAACCAAGUAGUUAUAGAAACGACUCCAUAUCAGACGACAUGUUGAGGUGUUUUUUGCUAAAGGAGAACCAUAAAUAAUAAUAAUAAUGAUAAUGUAGGUAAAUAUUUGAGCCUGUAUUUCAUUGUUAGUGCAGACAUGUGGCCCAAUUUCAUGGAAGUUGGUAAUUGGCCUUGGGGGGAAAGAAAUGCUUCUGUAAAUAUUCAUUGUGAAAGGAAUGCAAACCAUCACCUGAUCAGUAGCUCCUUUCAAAACCUUUUCUCGCCUAAAUAUGCUGUCUUGAGCAAAUCAUAUUGAUUUGCUCAGAAUUAGGUGGUUAGAAUCAGUCCUGAGCAUAGAAACGAAGCACCACUCCUUCUGUUUCUCAGUAUUAACUUGUUUUUAGGGUAUUUAUUUUCUUGCAUGAUUAAAACUGCUGUCCAAAAGCCAAAAUAUCAACACAGGUCUAAUCCCAGCUUUAUAAUUACUUGCAUAUUUUUUUUAAAUGGCAGAAAUUUGCCAGACCUGCAGCUGCAUGAAGUUUAAGAUUCAUUUAGAGUCGCAGUAAGCCGCAAGAAAAGAUAUUCUACACAUGUGCAUCAAUUUGGAAAGUUGUUCUAUCUGUUUAUAAGAAAGAAAAACACAAGCUGUGAAUCCAGCAACCCCGUUUAUUUAACGCUGCUUUCCUUGCCUCCAGAAGCUCUCUAGUUUUUACGUCUAGUGCUUUGUUCAGGUUGGAAAUGUGCGCAUGCACCAUCCUGCAUCACAGUGACGGCCUUGAGUUGGUACGUUUUAAGUAUUUGCUUUUUUAAAAAUUAUUCCUAUAAGCGGUUCUAUCAAGUUUUUGUACGGUUUGUUGUAAAAAUGUGAAACUGGAGGCUGAAAUGUGGGCAAAUAACAGGUCAGAUAUGUCAUUCAUCAUUACAAUAAAUGUAUUACUGAUUAUGAGAGGAUUUAUAAAAUGGGGCUUUCAGUUUUCUUUUUUGACUCAAAAACAACAGUUUUAUCUUUUACUGAUUAAAAGAAAUGACAGAAGGACCAGGCAAUGUGAUUAGUUGUACUAUUUUCUUUUUUACACCAUAAUGUUAAAACAAUUCUGUGUAGUCUCUCUCUCUCUCAGGUCAGUCGGUCAUCUUUACAGCCUCCUGUUGAUUCAGAUGUGGAGUCUGUUUGAUAUGUAAACAAGAACAUUUAAAAAAUACAACUGUAAACACAACCUGAAUAGUGAAAACACUGAAAUCCCUGUAAGUAACUUCUUCGGUUUUAGUUUGUUCCAGUUCCUUAAAAAUGUGACAUUGCAUGAGAGUAAAUUUAGAUCUGCUGCAGGCUGUAUUUUAUUUUAUUAUUUUUUAAAUAAAAAGCCUCACUGGGGAGUUGUUUAAAAAAGAAAAAUCCUUACCAGUUUUAUUUUGAAGCCAGUGAGUAUUUUUGUUUCCUAUUCCAUGUGUCACAUCCUUCUCUUCGUUUUCGUAUCUUGUCUGUACAUAAGUAUAAAUAUAUAUAAGCUGUUGUGGAUCCAUCCUCUCGUCUUUUCUUGGCCUUUUUUUUUUUUUUUUAAUAAAA